UCACCACAGUCUAUGCACACGUGAGGAGCCGCAGCACAGAGGGGAAGCCUCAUGCUCGGGCCUGAGAGAGUUGUGUGAUGGAACUGGUGCGGAUCUCACCCCAGCUACUUCCACCUCAGGGUGGGCUCCCAGCACCUCUGUGAGACGGGGCCCCUUGGAGGAGGUUUGUCUAGCGAAGCAGCUGGUGAUGGGGUGCCCUGAGAACCCUGAAGCUGAGUGGAGCCAUGAUACGGCCACCGGAAGCCGUGGAGAGGCCCUGGUUUCCGGAGACUCAUCUGUGAGAAAGCCUUUGGAGAGCUCCUCACAGGGACGCUCCUGGCUCCUGUGAGGAAGGGGCUCAGGGCCUGGGCCCCUCUGCCACAGCUCGGGGAAGGCUGGGCUGCAGCUAUGGACCGUGAGCUGGCCCAGCCCUCGUCCCUGCUGAGCCUGCCCAUCUGCGGCUGCUCCCACCAUGGGCUCCUUGGUGUACAUCACGGUGGAGCUGGUCAUUGCCGUGCUGGCCAUCCUGGGCAACGUGCUGGUGUGCUGGGCCGUGUGGAUCAACAGCAACCUGCAGAACGUCACCAACUACUUUGUGGUGUCACUGGCAGCAGCUGACAUCGCAGUGGGUGUGCUUGCCAUCCCCUUCGCCAUCACCAUCAGCACUGGGUUCUGUGCUGCCUGCCAUGGCUGCCUCUUCUUCGCCUGCUUUGUCCUGGUCCUCACUCAGAGCUCCAUCUUCAGCCUCCUGGCCAUCGCCAUUGACCGCUACAUCGCCAUCCGCAUCCCUCUGCGGUACAAUGGCUUGGUAACCUGCACGAGGGCCAAGGGCAUCAUUGCGAUCUGCUGGGUGCUGUCGUUUGCCAUCGGCCUGACUCCCAUGCUGGGCUGGAACAACUGCAGUCAGCCAAAGGAGGACAAGAACCACUCCCAGAGCUGCGAUGAGGGCCAGGUGACCUGUCUCUUUGAGGAUGUGGUGCCCAUGAACUACAUGGUUUACUACAACUUCUUCGCUUUUGUGCUGGUGCCCUUGCUGCUCAUGCUGGGCAUCUACUUGAGGAUCUUCCUGGCAGCCCGUCGACAACUGAAGCAGAUGGAGAGCCAGCCUCUGCCAGGGGAGCGGACUCGGUCUACGCUGCAGAAGGAGGUCCAUGCUGCCAAGUCACUGGCCAUCAUUGUGGGGCUGUUCGCACUCUGCUGGCUGCCCCUGCAUAUCAUCAACUGCUUCACCUUCUUCUGCCCCAAGUGUAGCCAUGCCCCACUCUGGCUCAUGUACCUGGCCAUCAUCCUGUCCCACAGCAAUUCCGUUGUCAAUCCCUUCAUCUAUGCCUACCGCAUCCGCGAGUUCCGCCAGACCUUCCGCAAGAUCAUUCGAAGCCACGUCCUGAGGCGGAGGGAACUCUUCAAGGCAGGGGGCACCAGUGCCCGGACCUUGGCAGCUCAUGGUGCUGAGGGAGAGCAGGUCAGCCUCCGGCUCAAUGGGCACCCCCCAGGGGUGUGGGCCAAUGGCAGUGCCCCCCAUCCUGAGCAGCGGCCCAAUGGCUAUGCCCUGGGACUGGUGAGUGGAGGGAGUGCCCAAGGGUCCCAAGGUGAUGCCAGCCUCUCAGACGUGGAGCUCCUCAGCCAUGAGCACAAGGGAACAUGUCCAGAGUCCCCUGGCUUAGAGCACCCCUUGGCCCAAGGCAGAGCAGGAGUGUCCUGAUGGCACACAGAGUUGGCCCCUUCCUGAAAGAAGGAAAUUUUAUCUUUCUGGUUGGCUGGACCAGUCAUGUUGGGAGAAAAGAAGAAUGACUGUGCCUGGAGACCCAUGGGGCAGCUGGUACCCACUCUGGACUGAGAUGAGGGAGCCCCAAGCUGGAGCAGCAUGAGGCCCAGCAAAAAAGGCUGGGGUCUGAGGAAGCAGAUCUUUUGUGCUCUGAGGCCCUGCAAGUAGGCCAGGUUGCAGUCCCAGCAGCAUCUUGGCUGAGCAGGGCCCAGUCCUCCCCUCCAGAAGCCCCACUUUGUCUGCAGAGCAGCAGUGGCUUAGCAGACUGUGUUGGCCUCAGGCUGGGCAGCAGCUGCAGCAGACCUCCUGCCACACACACCACCCUCCCAAGACUCUCUAGGGCUCAGGGAGCUGCUGGCCGGGGAUGGCAUUUAAGUAUUUUUUCCAGGAGAAGAUAUGUGUGAGGAAAUCCUUUUUAUUUUAUUAUCCUUCCCUCCUUGUCUGCUGGGUCUGCUGUCCGUCCUGCUGCUAACCUGGCACCAGGAGUCCGCCCAGGAAAUCUCAGGCAGCCCUCUCCACUGCCAUGAGCUACCAUGCACUCAGUUCUGUCUCUUGGGACAACAAAUCUGGGCUGGAGGACAGGGAGUUGUAAUGGGAAUGGUGCCAGGAUGUGGCCUAGGCCUCCAGGGAGAGGUCGGGGUUGGCAGGCCAUGGGCCUGUGCCUGGAUAGCUCAGAGCUGCCCAAUUAGAGGCCCUGUCUAACUGCCUGUUCUUCUAAAGGGAAUGUUUGUUUGUUUGGUUGGUUUUUUUUUUUCCUGAGAGAAAAUAAAAAUGAGCCACAUUGUGUUUUAAGUUUUUCCAAUGAGAA